AUGGAAAAUGAUCCUGCAAUUUUGGAAGAAUUGAAAAAGUUGGAAAAAGAUCUUGUGAAUGCUCAGAAUAAUUUAACUCAAGAUGUUCAACAAUCAGUUUUUUCAACAAAAAUUGAUAUCUCAACUUAUGAGGAGCAAGUAAUAAAUCCAAAGACUGAAUCAAACAUUGAAAAAAUUUUCGAGAUUGAACAAAAUAAUCAAAUUUCAUUACAUGCAUUAUAUUCUUCAAAAAUUUCAUCACCACUAAAACUUAAAAUGGAUAGUAAUUUAUUGGAAUAUAUUGAAUCAAAUGAACUUCAAACCUAUUGUGAAGGUCAACCUAAAAAUCUUUUUGAGCCAAUUAAUCAUCUUAAAGAAAUAUUAAAAUCUCAAUCAUCAGAAUCAAAUGAUUCACCACCACCAUCAUCAAAAAGUGAUAUUCAAGAAUCUCAAGAAUUUAAAAAUUAUCCUCAUUCCUGUGAUAAUUCAUCUGAUGAUACUUCAGCUUCAUGCACUGACACAACACAUACUGAUGUCGAAUGUCAAACUUCAGACACAUCAUCUUUACAACUUCCUCAACUUCCUCAACUUGACACAUUCAAUUUAUCACUUAAAAAGAGACGAGUACCACCUAUAUCUUUGAUUUCCGCAGAUAUUAGACAAGUGAGAAGUCGUGUACAAAGGACAAAUGCUUAUGCUGCGAAAUUAGAAUUAUUGAAGCAAGAAGAUACUGGUUUACAUUUAUGGAUUAAAUUGAAUAAAGAAAAAGAACCUACCUUUAUAAAAAAUUAUGAAAAAGAAAACGAAAAAAAGUUAUCAUCACCUCUUGCAAAUGUGGCUGCGGUCAAACGUUAUUCGAAUCCUUUAUCUAUUAGUAUCAAGAAUAAUAGUCAACCAGUUUUAUCAAUUUCAAAAGAUUCUUUAGAUAAUUCUAAUGAAAUAUUAAAUCCACCAUUAUCGGUUUCGACGAAUUCAACCAAAUCAUCAACAUCAUCAUCCCGAAAAUCUUUAGAUGGAAAUAUUCAAAAAAAAAAUUCAUUACGAGGACGUCCAAUAAGAUUUAGUUUUCAAUCUGUUACUUCAAGAUUUAACUUUGGAUCAAGUUCGUCACCUACUUCCAGUACUUUCCCUACCACUAUUGAAGAAAAGAAUGUCGUCAAUCAAUCUAAUUCAAUUAUUGUUGAUGAAGUUGCCUUAAAUAAGUUAUGCGAUGUGUUACCACAUGCUGACCGAGAAGUAUUGACCAAAUAUCUACGAGAAGCGGGAGGAAAGGAUGAGUUAAUAGCAGUUGGCCUCUACAUGAGAGAUUUUAAAAAUGAUGAUUUUUGA